UGUCGGCAACUCUUUUCCAACACUGCCUUUGUUUAUUUACUUUUAUUAAUUUAUUUUUGCCAUGCCGAUCGUGGUGGUUACGGGUCUGCCUGCCAGCGGCAAGUCCACACGAAGCCGACAGCUGCGGGAUUACUUCUCCAAACGGGGCAAGAAGGUCCAUCUGAUCAGCGAAAACGAGGCUGUGCCGAAGGCGCUCUUUGGCAAGAACCUGCACGCAAGCGACUCCCAAAAGGAAAAGGUGGUGCGCAGUGAUCUCAAGUCGGAGGCUUCGCGUCACACCAACAGGGAGGAUCUGGUCAUCCUAGACGCCGGCAAUUACAUUAAGGGUUAUCGCUAUGAGCUCUACUGCGCCACCAAGGCUGCCAGGACCACACAGUGCACGCUGUUUUGCUGCAUUCCCCAGGAGCAGGCCUGGACGUUCAACGCCCUGAGGACUGCGCCGGACGAGGUGCCACAGGAAACGGAAGCCGAGGCAACCGGACAGACGCUGGACAAUUCGAAUGUGCCGUACACCCGCGAGAUCUUUGAUGCCCUGUGUAUGCGUUACGAGGAGCCACAGAGCAACAACCGCUGGGACAGCCCCCUGGUGGUGGUUCUGCCAGAGGACACGCUCGACUUCGAGGCGAUCUACAAGGCUCUGUAUGAGACGCAGCCCCUGCCACCCAACCUGAGUACCCAGAAUGCCCCUUUGGGAGCCACCAACUACCUAUUCGAGCUGGACAACAUCAUGCAGUCAAUCAUCAAAGAGAUUCUCGGCGCCGUCAAGAUCAAGGCCUUUGGCCAGCUUCGUGUCCCGGGUAGCAGCACUCCCGUAAAGGUGACCACAUCGAUGAACGCCCUUCAGCUGAACCGACUCCGCCAGAAGUUCAUAACGAGCACGUGUCGCGCAAGCCAGACAGCGCCUACGCCGGUGGAGCAGGUGCCGCAGCUGUUUGUCCAGUUCAUCAAUGCCAAUACGAUUGGCUGCUAGGCCUGUGAUUUCAAUAGAAAAAGGUUUUACAGCGAAAUGGAAUGACUCAAGCAAUGGCAGAAUAAAACCCCUUUAAAAAA